AUGUCAAACUCUAUAUCACAGGGUUUCCUUCUAUUUCUUCUCUGCUGGGUGUUCUACCUGGGAUAUGCUGAGAAGAAGCCUACAUCAGAAGGCACCACCAAUUCUAGGAAGAGUCCGGAGCUUUUGGAGGAUGUUGCAGUCACGGCGGCAUUCAUUGAUACGGCUGAGGUGGCUGUCAUUGGAUUCUUCCAGGAUUCAAAGGCACGAGAAGUUUCAGAAUUCCUAACAAUGGUACAAGAACUACAAGACAUUCCAUUUGGGUUUUGCAACAGCUCUGAAGUCCUUUCUCAUUAUAAUAUCACAACAAAUACCGUCUCCCUCUUCCGCAAGGUGGAUAACAAAAGGAAAGAUCUGGAAAUGGAAGACACUGAAGGAAUUGAUGCCACCAAGCUGAUUCGUUUUGUCCGGAUCCAUGAACUCCAUUGGGUAACCGAGUACAACCCUGUGACUGUAAUAGGCCUCUUUGACAGUGCCAUCGAGACCCACCUUCUUUUGUUCACUGACAAGAAAUCCCCCAAGCAUGCAGAGAGGAUGGAGAAGUAUCGCAAAGCAGCCACCCUCUUUCAAGGGAAGAUUCUUUUUAUCUGGGUGGACAUCCAUGUAAAGAACAAUGAACGUGUGAUGUCAUAUUUUCACUUGAAGAAGUCUCAGUUGCCUGCCCUGGCUGCAUACCACACCCCUGACGAGGAGCAGGCUGUGCUGCCCCUGGAGGAGAUCUCUGUGGAGACAGUAAAGGAAUUCUGCCAUGACUUCCUGCAGAAGAUGCAAGAGAAAGAAAACCCUAAGCCAGAGGAUAAGGCCUUCAAAGAAGAACUCUGACUCCAUUCCAAGCAUAUAAACAACAUCAGUCCACUGUAAUUCUAUUUGCCUUUGGUGGAAAAAUAGUGAAUGGCAACUCAAUAGUCUG